GUACACCAGCCAAUCCGCUUCCGCUUCCGGUACUAUGAACUAAUUUCCCGGACAGCCACGAGGGGAUGCUACCUGCGGUCUUAUUAGGGCUUUGGCUGGGUGUCGACGAAGAGAGAAGAUCGUACCGGCUAGAGAAGGGAUUCCGGCGACAGAGAGAUAAACGUCGGAAGAGUUGCUGGGAGCUGCGCAGGGAGAUUUCGGCGAGCUCCGAGAUUUCCGGCGUCGGGGACUUGCGCAGGGAGAGAGACGUCAGGUGCGAUAGUUCUGGAUUCCGGCUAAGGUGAGAGAAAGAGGUUUUUGAGGGGUGAGAAUACCCUUUUCAAAGGAAACCCUUCAGCAGUCAAAAAUCUAGCCGUUGGAGAGGAUUCCGAUUCCUCUCUCACGUGAAUCACAGGUCUCUGAGAGGAUUUCAAAAAUCUCCCCUUUUGAGGAUUCUAAAUACACUCGACCCCUAUAUUGCAAUCUCUUUCUUCCCUCUCUCAGAUGGCGAUCUCAAAACCCUCAAAACCACAAAACCCUGUCUCAAAACCCUCAAAAUCACAAAAUCCUGAUUCAAUUGACCUCCUGCAAUCCGAAAUUGCCUCAUUCGCUUCCUCCAUUGGCCUCUCAUCCUCCCAAAACCCUCCUUCGACUGGUUUUGACGACUCCGAUUUCAAGAAAACUGGCCCCAUCAAACCCCCAAAAGCCGACAAACCCCCAAGGCCCAAACUCCAAACCCAACCCGCUGUCGACAAAAACCACCACCCUAGGCCGAAACACCGUCCUCCUUUGCUGGCCCAGCCUUCAGUCCAUGAAUCCAAUAGUCAGGAUCUCCCGAAGCUCCCACUGAUGAAGGCAGUCCGCGAAUUGGGGUGCUGGUACGUGGAUGAGGCUGAGCUGGAGUCGAAGGUUUUGGGGAAUGGAGGCAGUGGCGGCAGCACGAAGUUGGACGUGGAGAAGGUGAGGAGAUUGGCGGAGGAGAAGAGGAGAGUGGGGGAGAGGCUUUUGGUGCAGUAUGCCAAUGAGUACGAGAAGGUGAGUAUGAAGGAUGGGGAGAUGAGGAUGGCAAAAGACAUGCAGAAGAAGGGAACGGCUGUUGAUAAGGUUGUCGCGUCUACUACCAUUGUCACUGCUAAUCCGAUUGCCAAUUUGAGAUCGGUUGAUGCACUUCUGGCUCUGGUAACAUCAAAGGUGGGAAAGCGUCAUGCACUGGUUGGAAUUGAAGCAUUAAGGGACUUGUUUCGAUCGAGGUUGUUGCCAGAUCGCAAGCUGAAAUCCCUCUUGCAGCGGCCGUUGGAUCGUCUGCCUGAAUCGAAAGUUGGUUACUCUCUUUUACUUUUUUGGUAUUGGGAGGAAUGCUUGAAGGAGAGGUAUGAACGCUUUAUUGUUGCACUUGAGGAAGCAUCGAAAGAUAUGAUGGCUAGACUAAAAACUGAUGCAUUGAAGACAAUUUAUGCCUUGUUGGAUAGUAAAUCAGAACAAGAACGGAGGUUGCUUUCAGCACUUGUUAAUAAACUGGGGGAUCCAGAAGGGAAGGGAGCAUCCAAUGCUGUGUAUCAUUUGGAAAACCUUCUAAGUAACCAUCCAAAUAUGAAGGCAGUAGUGAUUGAUGAGGUGGAUCGUUUUCUCUUCCGACCGCAUCUGGGCUUGCGAGCAAAAUACCAUGCUGUUAUUUUUCUGAAUCAGAUUUUGCUCAGCAGAAAAGGAGAUGGGCCCAAGGUAGCAAAGCGUUUGGUGGAUAUUUAUUUUGCGCUAUUUAAGGUACUGAUCACUGAGUCCAGCGGUGGUCAAAGAAUGGAGAAAAACAACAAAAAACAAGAUAAAAAAGAUACUAGCACUCAAACUAGGAAAGGAGAAAGUCCUUUGGAGUCUGAUGUUGAAAUGGACUCACGGCUUCUAUCUGCCCUCCUGACUGGAGUUAACAGAGCAUACCGUUUUGUUUCAAGUGAUGAGGCUGAUGAUAUUAUAGAGGUUCAAACGCCAAUACUUUUUAAAUUGGUCCAUUCGAAGAAUUUCAAUGUUGGGGUUCAAGCACUGAUUCUUCUGUCUCGUAUUUCUUCCAAAAAUCAGAUCGCUAGUGAUCGCUUUUACCGUGCUCUGUAUUCGAAGCUCCUGGAUCCUACUGUCAUGAAUUCUUCUAAGCUCGAAAUGUUUGUUAAUUUACUGUCUGAAUCGAUGAAGAAUGAUGUUAACAUAAAGCGGGUAUCUGCCUUUUCAAAGCGCCUCCUGCAGGUUGCACUUCAGCAACCCUCUCAAUAUGCUUGUGGAUGCCUCUUUAUACUUUCCGAAGUUCUAAAAGCAAAGCCACCUCUAUGGAAUAUGAUGCUACAAAAUGAGUCUGUUGAUGAUGAUUUUGAACAUUUUGAAGAUAUAAUAGAAGGCUCUCAGAUUGUAGCAGACAGCAUGCCCUCCGGCAAGUUGGAAAAUUCAGUUGAUCAUGUAGGCAUGGCAAAUGGCUCCAAUGGUGUCCAGACCAACAGUGAUGCUUCUGACUCGGAAGAGGAGGAAGACCUACCAGUGUCCUCUUCUGAAGAAGACAAUAGUUCUGAAGGAGAAGGAAACUUGCUUCAAGGAGAUGAUUUGAAUGAUGUGGGGAAGUUAGAGACGGUUUCUGAUCAUGAAAAACAACAAUCGGAACUACCUAAUAAAGGAUCAUCACUACCUGGAGGGUACAAUCCCCGGCAUCGGGAGCCUUUAUACUGCAAUGCGGACCGCACAAGCUGGUGGGAGCUGACAGUACUGGCUUCUCACGUUCACCCGUCAGUAGCAACUAUGGCCCAAACCCUUUUAUCUGGGGCUAACAUUGUGUACAAUGGCAACCCUAUAAAUGAUCUGUCUCUUGGUGCUUUUCUGGACAAGUUCAUGGAGAAGAAACCAAAGGCAAACCGGAGAGCUGAAGGCACAUGGCAUGGUGGUUCCCAAAUUGCGCCUGCGAAAAAGCUGGAAAUGAAAAAUCAUCUGAUUGGGGCAGAGAUACUGUCACUAGCCGAGGAAGACGUUCCCCCAGAGGAUCUCAUCUUCCACAAGUUCUAUAUGAAUAAGACAAGUUCAUCAAAGAAGUCAAAGAAGAAGAAACAGACGGAGGAUGAGGCUGCAGUAGAGCUACUUGAUGUAUCCGGCAGUGAUGAGAGUGACAAUGAAGAGAUUGAUGACAUCUUGGGAUCGGGGCAUUUGCCUUUGGAAAAUGAGGGUGAUUAUGAUUAUGACGAUCUCGAUGAUGUUGUCAAUGAAGGUGAUGACGAUGACUUGCUUGGACACGAUACUGAUGCUGACAUGGAUUCUGCUGUUGACCAUGAUAUUGCUAGUGAUGAGGACGAUGGUGAUGAAGAUGAUGGUGUUUAUGAUGUUGAUGGUGGUGGUGAUUUUAACAAAUCCUCCAAAAAGAAUAACAAGCGCAAGUUCGGGGGAAGAUCUGGAGCAUCGCCAUUUGCGAGUCUGGAAGACUACGAUCAUUUAUUGAAUGAUGACAAGAGUGAAGAAACAAAAGCCAAAUCAGGGAAGAAAAGGAAGAAGUUAGUUUGAAUAUUGUAACACUUGGAUUCCGUCACAUCGCCGGAUAUCCAGGUUGAAUUUUUGUAAGCUAAGCAUUUUUUUUUGUCCCUUUUCUUCCAUUUCCUUGUAUUUUUGGUAUUUGAAUUUAUUGUUAUUUAUUACAUUUGAGGAGGUAAAAGGCCUGAAACUAUCCACCAUUUUCUUUGCCAAUGCUGUUAGAAUUGGGAAGCUCCCUUUAUUA